UAUCAAUAACUAUUUAAGUGUUGAAGUGUAUGCAUAAAAGGAUUAGAGGCCAAGCAUUGUACAGACUAAACAAGAUCGCACGUGUGUAUAUAGAUUUAAUGGGUGUCAGAAGCAGCAAGGCGGUGGAUCCGGUGGUGAGCCGGAGAUACUCAUCGGAAUCAGAGGCAAUGCUGGUGGUGCGGCGAAGACCGCAUAUGGUGAACGGAGGAGGAUUUGUGGUGAGCAAUAGUAAGCAACAAGUAGUGUUUACAGUUGAUGGGUGUGGAGUUCUUGGAACCAAAGCCAAGCUUGUCUUGAAAAAUGGUGAUGGUAAUGAUUUGCUUCUCAUCCGCAAAAUGGGAGGAAUGGUACAGGCACUGAACAUGGUUCACAAGAAAUGGGAAGGUUUUGGAUACGACAAAGAAGGAACAGAGAAGCUUCUAUUCACAUUGAAGGAUCCAAAAGAAUCAUGUCUGGUUCAACACGGUUUAAUCAGAAUUUUGGUUCACGGUAAACCAAAGAUAUCAACAUGCAAUAUCUAUAACAACAACUAUGUCCAGAUCAGAGGCUCUUUCGCAGAAAGAGAUUGCAACAUCAUGGACUCAGAUGGCAGAAACAUAGCUCAGGUAAGGAUAGAGAAAGAAAUGGAGGAGAUGGUGGGGAACAAGAAGGAUCUUUAUAAUAUAAUAGUCAAAGCAAAUGUGGAUCAAGCUUUCAUCGUCGGUGUCAUUGCAGUACUCGACUACAUCCAUGGCGAAUCCACUAUUUGUUGAUCAAUUUCAAUACAAUACA